AUGGGGGCGGGGCCUGGGCACUUAGGCGCGGCAGUGACGCCAGGGGCGGGGCGUUUACGUUAUGUGGGCGGGGCCUGGGCGGGAAUGUCAUGGGGGCGGGGCCUUGGCGGGAAUGUCAUGGGGCGGGGCCUGGGAGGGAAAGUCAUGGGGACGGGGCGGGACGCCAUGGGGGCGGGGCCUGGGCGUGACGGGGCGCCAUGGGGGCAGGGCCUGUGCGUGACGGGGCGCCAUGUGGGCGGGGCCUGGGCACUUAGGCGCGGCGGUGACGCCAGGGGCGGGGCGUGUACGUCAUGGGGGCGGGGCCUGGGCGGGAUUGUCAUGGGGGCGGGGACUGGUCGGGACGGGACGCCAUGGGGGCGGGGCCUGGGCGUGACGGGGCGCAAUGGGGGCGGGGCCUGGGCGGGGCGCGCAGGCGUGGCGGUGAUGUCAGGGACGGGUCCGUUGCCAGCAGAGAUCGGCGCUGUCGGCUCCGGCUCCUCUAGUAUCUUGGUUGCCACCUCAAGGAGCGGCGGCGGCUGGUGA